UUCGGGAUUCUCCGGAGUAUCUCUCCCUCAGACUUCAUGAAAAACAAACAACGGGCGGCCCUCGUCUCUCCGGAUUAGCUCGCCCGAUUUCUUUACGUUUCCAUUAAUUUUGAAGAAAAUAUUGCUGAUUUUAAGGAUUAUUGUUGGCGCGUUCCGUGUUCCGGGUUCUCCUUCGGUUCGUCACAGGUUCGGCUCCGCUCGGAGCCGCUCUGCCCCGCGGCUGCUCGGUCACAUUCGGCUCUUGUCGUUCGGCGGAAGAAUGGACGAAGCGGACUCGGCCACGAAGGCGCUCGGGCUGGAUGAACCGCCCAUCGGCGGGCCGUCGGUGGAGGGAGUGGGCUCGGAUACCGAGUCGGAGGCCGAAGUCACCACGAUGGCUGUGAUGGCAGAACCGGGAAACAUCGACAUGGGAGCCGAGUCGCUGCCGAACCCAGACGAGGCCGAGGCUGCAUUCGCUGAGGUGAGGGCAGUGACGGUGGGGGACGUUCAGGCAGCAGAGGACAACGUUUUCACCACCACAGUCACCACAUCAGGAAGCCUUCCCGAACACGUGCUGAGCGGCAGGACCACUCUCCAGCUGGGUGAAGGUCUCAGCACCCAGAAGGCCACUCUGAUUGUGGUUCACACUGACGGCAGCAUCGUAGAAGCUGCUGGUCUAAAGUCUGCUGCCACCAUCACAUCAGGCCCACAGACUCCGCCCACUCCGCUGACUCCGCCCCAGGACAAAGACUCCUGCUCCAAGUACAACUGGGACCCCUCAGUCUACAACAAUGAGCUGCCGGUGCGCUGCAGGAACACCAGCGGAGUCCUGUUCAAGAACCGCCUAGGAUCAGGGGGUAAGGGUCGCUGCAUCAAACACAACCAGCAGUGGUUCACUCCCACUGAGUUUGAAGGCCUAGCUGGAAGAGCGAGCAGCAAAGACUGGAAGAGGAGCAUCAGAUACGCUGGCAGGCCUCUGCUCUGCCUCAUACAGGAACGUAUCCUGAACCCCCACGCUGCCUCCUGUACCUGUGCAGCCUGCUGUGAUGACCUGACAGCGGUGAGUGAGCAGGACUGGUCCUGCUCAGCCAGCACGUGUCCAAAGGAGGGGGACUCUCUGGCGACAGAAAGCAUCAGUAUGACUGGUCCAGUUCGCCUCUUCGUCCCAUAUAAGAGACGGAAGAAGGACAUCGAGCCUCCGAUCAUUCCUGCCAAAAAGGAGCUUCCCUCAGCCAAAAACAUCACACUGACUCCAGGAACCACAUUCACAGUGUCCCCCACAGGACAGUUCACCACCUCGGGGACCUUGACCUUUGACCGCACUCCAUCAGGCGACGCCGCAGCUGCCAUCAUCUCAGAGAGCUCAGCACAGAACGAGGUGUUUGCCAGCACCACAGUACUGACAGCAUUGCCGGCGUUGGCUGUGACUCCUCAGCCGGUUCAGGCCAAAGUUGCCGUGGCAGCUGCAGUGGCGUCUCCGCCUGCAGCGCUGGUGACGGGGCUGGAGGUGGGGCCUGUUGGGGGGGCGGGGCCAACGGUGAGUGAAGGGCAGAAGAACACAUGGCUGUACCUGGAGGAGCUCGCCAACACGCUGCUGAGCAACGUCCAGCAGCUGAAGGUUCUCAUCGAACAGGCCAAAAACUCAUCAGGGGACGCUGCGGGGGUCAAAGGUCAGGGAGGAAGAAAGGAGUGUGGUCAGUGUGGUCUUAGUCAAUCAUUUCAGAACCAGAUCUCAUUCCAGCAGCCGGACGACUCCGAGGCCAAGAGGAGCUCAGACAUCACAGAGAUCAUUAUUAAUCAGAUGUGUGUGAACUGCGGCCGGGUGGCGAUGAGUGAGUGUACAGGCUGUCACAAAGUCAACUACUGCUCGACCUUCUGUCAGAGGAAGGACUGGAAGGACCAUCAGCACACCUGCUGUCAAUCAGCAGGGGGCGUGACCGUUCAGGAGGAGGAGCCAAUCACAGCCAUGGACAUGGACAAAGUGAAGUGAAGGUGCAGCAGGCUGUAGGAAAGCAGGACUUCAGUGAGGACGUCACGUCUUCAGCUGCUGCAGACAAGAAGAGCUUAAGUGGCAAAAAGUGGAGUGUUUUUCACAAACCUGACCUCCUCACUGGAAUUGUUAUUCUGAACGUUUUCCCUCAGACUGAGAGAGGAAGUUCUCUGAUCUCCUGAAAGCUGAAUUUGUGCCACUUUGUAUUUGAGGAAGCCAAGGGUUUUCCUACUUACUUUAUAAUUUUUUUUUUCUUAAUCACAGCAGCAUCUAGUGGACUUUAAAGAUCUGAAGCUUGAAAAUUCAGGAAACAGAAAACUUGGAGAUAAUCUGAACAAAAGUAACAGUUUGAAAUAUCACAGCAACGUGUAAAUCCGACAGUGACUGCUAUUUUAGUAGCAAGUAAUUUUUCUAUUAAUUUAUUACUUAAUUUCAUCAGCUAUUAUAGUGCUGUUUUCUAUUUUGUGUCUUCCCCAGGGACUGGCAUCUCUCUGCUGCUUUGUUGCCAUUUUACCUCUUAAUAAAGAAAUUUAACUGUCACGACUGCAUGAUGGAAAACGUCUUGAACCAGACAACCAGACAGAGUGACUGUCCUGGGUGUUUUUCAAGGGUUCUUUCUUGUAAAAAAAAAAUCUGACAGUUUGUAUUUUACUACAUGUGAACAUGAAAGAAGUUCUGAAAUAAAAAAUACCCUUGUAAUUUUA